CCGCGGGAGGCGGAAGGGCCGGGAGAGCCCGGCGGCCGGGCGCUGAGCGGCUGCCCCUCGCGCGGGGGCCGGGUGCGCGGAGCUCCGGAGCCGAGCCCCGCGGGCGCCAUGGAGACGCGGCUGCUGCGGUUCUGCAACUGGAGCGCGCUGGGCGUGUGCGCGGCGCUCAAGCUGCCGCAGAUCUCCGCCGUGCUGGGCGCGCGCAGCUCGCGGGGCGUCAGCCUCCCGAGCCUGCUUCUGGAGCUGGCGGGGUUCCUGGUCUUUCUCCGGUAUCAGUGUUACUACGAGUACCCGCUGCUGACCUACCUGGAGUACCCCAUUCUCAUCGCACAAGAUGUCAUCCUCCUGCUGUGUGUCUUCCAUUUCAACGGGGAUGUGAAACGGGCAGCACCUUACAUCGUCCUCUUUGUGUCUGCGUGGUUCGUCCUCACCCUGCAGAAGUGGAUCAUAGAUCUGGCCAUGAAUUUAUGUACUUUCAUCAGUGCAGCCAGUAAGUUUGCACAGCUCCAGUACCUGUGGAAGAGCAGGGACUCAGGAGCUGUGAGUGCCCUGACGUGGAGCCUCGCUUCAUAUACCUGUGCCGCAAGAAUAAUGACAACUUUAAUGACCACCAAUGAUCUUACAAUUCUUAUACGUUUUGUGAUCAUGCUGGCCUUAAACAUAUGGGUAGCAGCUACAAUACUUCACUACCGGAAGACCGAUGUAAAGUCUGAGUGAUGGAUACAUUAUUCCUACACACAAAGUGCAUUUUGAAUAACUGAACCAAAGGAAAAAAAGGCUGAUUGCUAAACCAGGUCUUUUAUAAGUUUAGCCAACAGUGCCAAAGGUAUUUUAGACUUGCAAGAGCCCACUUAGACACUUGUUUAAAAACAUCGAUUUUUUAAAUCCUCUGCCCCCAACUUCAUUAGGUUAAGGUAGGACCCAGACGUCUGCCGUUUUGCGAAGGCUGGUGAUUGAUGAAGUUUUCCAAGAAGCUCAUUUUGAGGAGAUAGCUUUGACCCUUAUUCUUAAAGUCAUGAUUAAGUUCCUUCCAAAGAGCUAAUUACAUCUACCUUUCAGCUUUCACAAUCUUUUAAGAGACAAAUUUUCUCAGCAACACAAAUGAACAUGAAUGGAGUGGGAUCUUGCUCAAGUGGAACUGUAAUAAAUUACCAGGGUUCACUUUCUGGAACUAAUGUCUAAUUGUCAUUAUAGACAUAACAGGAUGGCCUUACUGUAUCAUAUUACCAUAUAAUACCUCCUUACGCUAUAGCAAGGAUAUCAAGGCAAGCAAAAAUGUAGCUGGCUUGAAUUCAUAUACCAAAGUAGUUCUUUAACUUCAUACUGUGCUUUUUAAGUAGUUCAUGACAAAAGAUACCUGCAAUCUCUACUCAUGAAGAGGCAGUCCUAAUAUACUUUCUGAUUUAAGCACAAUACUGCCUUUUUUAAAAGGAUCAUACCUAUACAGUUACCGUUACUGGAAUUUGGUAUAAAAUACAACUGACCUCCACCACGUUUUGCCUACUGAAAAUAUAUGCAGUAAAGGUGCUGCUGGGUUCUGCCAAAUUCUUGUGGAUUUUAUUCUCAUUAUAAUACAUACUCUAAACAUGAUGUUAAGAUUGUACACUGUAUUUUCCUGUAAAAGCUUAUAAACCCUGACAUUUAAAAACUCUUUCCCCUAAUAACUGAAUGGCAUUUUUCUAUUAUAUGCAGUAAGUAAAUGUUUACUAGAAAAUGUUUUAGUUUCCUAUGUAAAAUAAACUUUAUUUUGAACUCUUCCGAGUCUUAAAACUGAAUUGUUUAAAUGUGAUUAGUUUUAAGUUAUGUAAAGUGCAGUUUUAAAAAUAUAAACUGCGGUUAACCCUUUUAGAACUACUGCUUGGGGCCAGCAGAAAG